UGACAAUUGUUCUUCUCCUCUCAAUCGUCUCUGCAACUUCGUCUUCUCCUCUCUCGUCUGGAACUUCUCCCUCACCAACAUUCGCACCUUUUUCUCAAAGCCACCCACUUCCUCUUUCAACCCUAAAUCCUCUUUCCCCUCACCAUGUCACCGAACAACCCCACUCAGGCGCGUCCUCACCGCCGCACCAAAACAAUCCAAAAAUGCAAACUUUGAGUCUGAAUCUCUGAAACCCAGAAUCACUUUUCAAAUGUCUUCGCCCCAGACGCCGGCCACGGCCAUGAAAGGCGCGGAAACUGAUGCCAUGGGGCUGUUGUUGAGCGAGAUGAUCGUGUUCUUGGAGAGCGGCAUCAAUGACUUUGUGGCUGAUGCUAUCAUGAAUCAAUUGCUGCUCUUGGAUGCUCAAGACCCCUCUAAAGAUAUCAAGCUUUUCAUUAAUUCCCCUGGUGGCUCUCUCAGGACUGCAAUUAUCUACACCAUGAGCCCUGCACAGAGCCAUGUUGAGCAAUCCAGAAACACCCUCUUAUUUGCAAGUUGUGCUAAAGAAGUGGCAACUAAUGCACAAGUGAAUGUGGUGAUGUCUGAUAAAGCACUAGUCAAGCAAUUGCAGAAAGAGUUGGCUAGAAUGGAAAGUGAAUUGAGAAAUUCGGGGUCUGCCCGCCCUACAUCUGAUUCUGCAGCAUUGUUGAGAGAAAAGGACCUCCAAAUUGAGAUGUGGUUCAUAAGGCCUCCAAGUGGGGUAUUUGAAUGAGGGCGCAACAAUUUGGCCAGCAGGCAAGAGAAGGUGCAUUUACUGGGCGCAUGAAGUGGAGGGGCCAAGUUGUAUUUCUGAUAUGUAGAUAAUCCCCUGUUGAUUUGUAUUUCUAAUAAGAAGUCAGCACCAACCAUGUAAAUUGUAAAUUUGUCUUUGCGCUACUCGUGGCGGUUACAAACUGCUAGAGAGUAAACUCCA